UGUAAAAGCACAGAGUUUAACGAAGAGACAACCAUUUAUUCGAAAGUGAUCCAUACGUUAACAAAUGGAAAAUUCAAACUUCCCAAAGAGCGAAUAGAAAUACUCUACAUUCGCAGUUUUUCAACGAUAAUAUGGUCGUUGAACUAUGCCACUGGAGCUGAAGUGAUCAGAGUUGGUUUGCUAUUUGUCGAUAAUGUCACAGAACUUGAGCCCGCUAUCGGCUACAGAUUCUCCAUACUGUUUGACGAAUGUAACGAGCAGCUAGCCGCCGGAGGAACCUUCCAGCUUAUCAACGAACACCAUGUGAAUGUCAUCAUCGGACCCACUUGCAGCGACCUGAUUGAUAACGUCAAUCGCUUUCCAACCACCGGUGUACUGUCCGUGAACUCUUUCAGUCUUGGGAUAGCUGUGCGAUCUAUUCUACUGGCGUUUGAAUGGGAUCAAUUCGCGUUGCUUUAUUCGAAUGUUGGUGACUACGAUUCUUCAUGUAAAGCUAUGAAAAAUGACUUGCAGAAUGUCGUCAAUCGUUUUGAUGAUUUGACAAUAAAUUUCGUUACUGAUGUGAUGGAGAUGACGCUCGAUUAUGUGAAGAAAGUGAUGCAUUACACUGCUGAACGAGCACGAAUUGUUGUCGUUUGCGUAGAUGACGAGAUCAAGCGAGAAUUCAUACUCUACUUGAAGGAUGCUGGCUAUUUGAGAGACGAUUUUAUAUAUAUUUUUGCUGAUUCGGAUUCGGACGGAUUUUACGUCAGAAAUUCCGAUGGACAGGAACAUUACGUUUGGCAAGACCUCAAGAAUACGACAGAUGGAAGAGACGAAGAAGCCAAAGAUGCAUUCACAUAUGUGUUCUCGAUUACUAGUCACAGAGGUGCAGCUGGAAACAAAGAGAAAUACAAUCAAUUCGGUGAAGAGGUCAUAAGGCGAAUGAAGGAUCCACCAUUCAGUUGCACUACUCAAUGUAGUGGCAAAGAAUACCACGGUACAGUUUCGGCGUAUGCGGGGCAACUUCACGAUGCAUUCUAUGCGUAUGCGGUUGCCGCCAAUCGUACAUUGACGUCCCACUCCCAGCUUGGCGAUGGAAGAAGUGUAGCAAAUCAUUAUGCGAUGGAGUUUGAAGGUGUCUCCGGUAGAAUUGUGCUUGGUCCGAACGGCACUCGCUAUCCGACGUUCUAUUUUGAUGCUCUGAAUGCCCACGAUCAAGUGGAGACAUAUGCCACUGUAUUUGUUGAGAAAUUUACAGGGACUUACACACCACUGUACAAGAACGAGUCUGUGGUGUGGUGGGGAAGAGGAGGACGCCCUCCAGCCGUACCAGAAUGUGGUUUCAAAGGGUUACAGUGUCCUGUUGAUUUCGUCAAAGAAUACAAGGGAUGGAUCGGAGGAGCUGGAGUUAUAUUUUCCGCCACAAUUGUUGGCAUCAUCAUUGGGAUUGUAUAUUUCAUACGGGUAAAGAAGAGGGAGGAGGAGCGGCUCAACAAAAUGUGGCAAAUCCCCUUCACAGCGCUCGAACCUAUUGAAAAGAAGAAGACGGAAUCAAGCUUCUAUUCUACGCAAAGCAGGCCAUCCACGGCAUCAUCGCUAAGAAGAGGAGGCAAAAGUGAAACUAGAAACUUCAUAUUCUUCUGCCAUGAU